UAUGAAUUCAAUUGAUAACAAGCUAGAAACCAUAUCAGAGAUUUUUGCCAACACUUUGGAUGUGGAUGAAGAAUUGCUCACCUACAUGAUAGAAAUUUUUAGAAAAGAAAACAUAUUAGAUACUGUUGAAUAUCUUUCUAUUGAAAAGAAUCGAAUACAUCUUCAAUCAAGCAUCAUAAAACUUAAGAAUUCAUCAAAUGCAGGUGAAGGAUACAAGUAAUAUGAUUUAGGAAAGGACUUUGAGAUUAUUCAUAAUACACUUAAAAAAAUUAAAGGCAACGACAUUAACUUAAAGAAUUUAUCAUCCGAACCAUAUUUAGAAUUAAAAAAAGAUGUAAUGAGUAAAAUAAAAGAUAAUCAAAAGAUCAAAUCUAUUUUAAAAUUUUUAGUUCAUAUAACUGCUGUUGAUAAGGAAUUUAUAGUUUGUGGAUCAAAUUCUCUUAACUUAUUAGUAGAAAUGAAGACAGAUCUUAGUAAUUAAAGCUGGGAAGACAUAAGGAUUAGAGACACUUCUCUAAUUGGCGCAACUUUUGUAAGAUGCAACUUUAAUAACUCAGAAUUUGAUGGUGUAGACCUUAGUGGUGUAAAUAUGAAUAGAGCUUAAUUAUUCGAUUGUAAGUGGAAGAACAUCAAAAUUAAUGAAUUGAAUAAAUUAGAAGGUCAUUCUAGUUGUGUAAAUUCAGUCUGUUUUUCUCCUGAUGGAAAUAUUUUAGCAUCUGGUAGUUAUGAUAAGUCUAUACAUUUAUGGGAUGUUAAGACAGGAUAAUAAACAACUUAAUUAGAUGGUCAUAGUGGUUAUGUAAGAUCAGUCUGUUUCUCUCCUGAUGGAAAUACUUUAGCAUCUGGUAGUGAUGAUAACUCUAUACGUUUAUGGGAUGUUAAGACAGGAUAAUAAAAAAAAAAAUUAGAUGGUCAUACAAAGGAAGUAAUGUAAGUUUGUUUUUCCCCUGAUGGAAAUAUAUUAGCAUCUAGUAGUGUUGAUAAAUCUAUACGUUUAUGGGAUGUUGAGACAGGAUAAUAAAAAACUUAAUUAGAUGGUCAUAGUGAUUAUAUAAGAUCAGUCUGUUUCUCUCCUGAUGGAAAUACUUUAGCAUCUGGUAGUGAUGAUAACUCUAUACGUUUAUGGGAUGUUAAGACAGGAUAAUAAAAAACUUAAUUAGAUGGUCAUAGUGAUUAUAUAAGAUCAGUCUGUUUCUCUCCUGAUGGAAAUACUUUAGCAUCUGGUAGUGAUGAUAACUCUAUACUUUUAUGGGAUGUUAAGACAGGAUAAUAAUAAAAUAAAUUAGAUGGUCAUUCUAGUUGUGUAAAUUCUAUCUGUUUUACUUCUGAUGGUUAUUCUAUAGCAUCUGGUAGUAAUGAUAAGUCUAUACGUUUAUGGGAUGUUAAAACAGGAUAGUAGAAAAAUAC